AUGCGAGUGGUGCAGUCUGUUUCCUCGCUCACACACUCGUUCACUGCCAUGCCAGUGAUAUAUGCAGACGGACGGCUAGGGGAGAAACUGCUUGUUAUUCUUCCCGAGAAAAAAGGAGUCUUCCCGCAGACGGGACAUUGGCAGGCACCAAACCUGCUGGUGUUAGCCGGAAAGACUCACUUCAUGACGAAGUCGCAAGUUCCAGCUUUCGUCAAGGAGUGUGUGGUUGGGCCAUCGUCCCCUCCACUAACAGUACUUCUUGUCGACAGCUGGGCUGGGUUUGCGGACCACACCAAUGUGUUGUCAGAGGUCCCUGAAGACAAGGAGCUCCGUUUGAUGACUAUUCCACCGGGAGCGACUGUGUCAGCCUCUGGAUGUGUACUUCUUCCGACUCUUCAAGCGGUACAUCAGGGCGAUUAUGCUCCACGAUCACGUGGCGCAUAA